AUGCUGCAGGUCUCCCCAGGCAGCGCCGCGCCGGGCCCCGCAGAGAGCCGCGGCUGGGCACGGGGGGGCAGGACGAGGUUUGUGGCCGGACCCCCGGGAGCGCAGAGCGGGCUGGAUUCACCCCGCCCCGGGAUCGGGCUUUGCUGCAGCGCCGGGACGGGGGCUGAGGCUCCGGGCGGCCCAGUGACCCCCGCUGGCGCAUCUUCCCUUGGCCGGCUCCCGAGCAUCUCCCCGCAGGGGGACCGGGUCGCCGCCCGCCCCCCAGCCAGCCACCUCCGCAGCGGGGGGCUCUGAGUGCGGGGCCCCGCCCGCUAGACCGGGGUGCGGGGCGCGGCUGCCGCCCAGGUAGCGCCAUCGCCAGCCGCCGCCGCCGCCUCCAGCCCGGAGCGGAGCCCGGACCCGUCCUCGCAGCGCCGCACGGCGGCUCGUCCCAGCCCAUGGCCCGGGGGCUGCAGCCCUGAGCCCUCCGGCCCAGGGGCUCGCCCGGCUCCCUGCCUUGGUCCCGGCGGCGGGACGCGAACCUGUGCCGGAGCCCGCCCCCCCGCCAGCGGGCCUGGCCGGCGACUGGAUUAGAUGGAGCUCGGCGCGGCUGGCGGCAGCAUCCUCCUGGGGGCUGGGUUCGAGCCUGCCCGGGCUGGCCAUGCAAGACUGAGCGUUAAUCGCCUGCACGGGAGCGCUCCGCGAGCCUGCUAAUUAAGUACACGCGCGUGCCAGGCUGCUAAUUGCAGGCACAGGACCGCCAUGCAACGCUGCUAAUUAACGGUGCGUCCACGACUGCCACAUUGCUGGCAGCCCGCUGCCCUGCCAGGCUGCUGGGGAAUGGCCUCCCUGCCAGACGGCGCAUUCGUUGCAGACAUGCAGGGUUGCUAAUCAGCUGCACUUGCAGCCCCGGUUGCUUUAACUGCCUGGCUGCGUCCUAGCCCCCCGGUUGGCUCAUCCCUCUCCCUGCCUCCCUCAGCAUGGGCACCGUGCUGUCCCUCUCCCCGGGCUCCCGGAAGGCCAGCCUGUACGAGGAGGGCUCCUCCGGCUCCCUGGCGCACUACCCGGGCGUGCCGAGCGCCAAGGGCAGCGGGCAGAAGGCGGACAAGAACCUCAAGCGCCACUCCAUGUUCAUCCCGGCCUUGACCUGGAAGCGGCUGGUGGCCUCCACCAAGAAGAAAGGCUCCCGGGGCGGGGGGAAGGGGCCUGCCCACAAUAACAACAACAACCACCCCCACGCCAAGGACGUGGCCCUCCUCAACCACGAGAACGUCAAGAAGUCGCUGUCCUGCGCCAACCUCGCCAGCUACGAUGGGGGCGGGCCACCCCUGGCGCCGCUCAGCGCCAAGCGCAUCUCCACCACCUCCGUCUCCUCCCUCAAGCCGGGCGCCUUCCUGGGCGGGGGCAGCUCGGCCUCCCCGCGGCGCGUGGUCGUCCAGGCCUCCACCAGCGAGCUGCUCAAGUGCCUGGGCGAAUUCCUCUGCCGCCGGUGUUACCGCCUCAAGCACCUGUCGCCCACGGAGCCCAUCCUGUGGUUGCGCAGCGUGGACCGCUCGCUGCUGCUGCAGGGCUGGCAGGACCAGGCCUUCAUCACCCCGGUCAACGUGGUCUUCGUCUACCUGCUGUGCCGGGAGGUGAUCGACGGGGAUUCGGUCUCCAGCGAGCACAACCUGCAGGCGGCGCUGCUCACCUGCCUCUAUCUGUCCUACUCCUACAUGGGCAACGAGAUCUCCUACCCGCUCAAGCCCUUCCUGGUGGAGGCGGCGAAGGACGCCUUCUGGGACCGGUGCCUUCGCAUCAUCAACGCCAUGAGUGGCAAGAUGCUCCGGAUCAACGCCGACCCCCACUACUUCACCCAGGUCUUCGCCGACCUCAAAAACGAAGGCAGCACCCGCGAGGACUUUGCUCGCGUCCUGGACCGGUGACUGGCUCAGUGCACAAAGGACCAACUGCCCCCCUCCCCACCAACCUCAUGUGCAGCGCAGCCUUCGCCUUGCUGUGACCUUUAAAGACCAGCUUGCGGCGAGCCAGGGAUUUUCCUCUGGCUCGCCUGGGCCAGAUCUCCCCGGAGCCAGGCCAGACUCAUCCAAACACUUACAAGAAAUCUGGCUUGGCUGCCCCUCCCCCCUCCCCCCAUGAGCCAACAACAGGGGGUGUCUGUGUGCAGCGUGGGGGAGGCAGCCUUCAGCUCCGGUGUCUGUGUCAGAGACAGAAGAGGAGCAGCCAAAGGCCAAUAGUGUGAUUCCCUUUGAAUAGGCCCAUAAGUGCCUGUAGGUUCCCUCCUCCCCUCCCCACCCCCCAGUGCCAUGUUCGUGGCUUGUUCAUUUCUUCUUUUGGGUCUGCUUGAAAUGCAUUCCAAAGCGAUGGGAAAAAUCCCAGGGAGGAUCUAAAAUAUACACGUGACGCGCGCUUUAGCUUCGGUCGGUGAUGUAUUUGUACAGGUGAAUUCGGCCUUUCGAACUAGCCCUGCCUUGCUUAGAAAACCUCCCGCCUGCUCCUUGCCAGAAACUGGGCCAGCUGGUGCGUUGUACAGUCACGCCAGAGCCUUCCUUUCGGUACCUGUCUGAGCUCUGCAGCCGGGAAUCGGCGCUGGCCGAUGACUGGGACAAGUAGCUGAUGUCCCCUCCUAAGGAAUCUCCAGAUCAACUCCACGACUCCAGAAGCUUAGGUCGUGUCACCCAGCCCCGCCCCAAGUGACCCUAAAAUCGGGAUCGUCGGUGAAAUCCACGCCGGUUGCUGCUAAACCAACAUCCACCGCCACCCUUCCCUCCCUCCCCGACGUCCCCUGGCCCCCGGUGGAUAUGCUGUUGUGUAAAUAGCCUUGUGUGAAGCGUCGCGAGCGGGUACGUGACGAUUGUGCAUGUAAAGAUGAUUUAUUUAAUUUGUCGCUAUCUUUCUCUUUCCAUUUGUGGAGCUGUUUUUCAGCAGUGAGUUUCUUAUUUAAAACUGGGAGUGGGGGGAUCCCCCCCAGCCAAACACGCCGCUCUGGAUUUUCUUCCAGAAGGGGAGGACAUUAAAGCGCAUUCCUCAGAUCAGGAUUGAUGCAUUUUCACUGGAACUGGACUCUGCUUAUUUUUAAUAUUUGUUGCAUUUCUUCUUUGGAACCACUAUUUAUUUGGGUGGAGCUGUCCAGCCUCCUCCUUCCCUCCCCCACCCCCAAAGACACCCAUGAGCUGAGGGGCUUUGGGGGGUGAUUCCGGACACAGACUUGUCCCUUGGUCCCGGUACCAGGGCGUGGCCAGUGUUGCUACAAAGGCCAAAGAACCAUGAGACUGCAGUGGGAGGUUCCACCUGGCAAUGUGGCGAUUCUCCCAACAGACGGAGGGGUCUUCGCUUGCACGCCCCUCCCAGUGCGGAAUGAAGAUGACAGUCGAUAUUUAAAGCAAAAACUCUUCCCUUCCCCUCACCCCCUGGAGGUGUUUGAAAUCUGUUUGUAAUAUUUACUAUCUCAGACUUGCCUACAUGUCUGAUUUCUAAAUGUGUCAUUGCUGGGAGCGAGCCGCCCCCCCAGGUGCUCCAGGGACGGAGCCUUGUCACAGGCUCAAGUAUUUUCUGCUGAUGACCGUGGCACUUUAUGCAAAAUAAAAUGGGGGUAAAACAA